AGAAGCUGCUCUGGUAAAAUCCCACAGGGUUCUCUUCACUCGCGUCACGUCACGGUUGCUCACGCGCGCGGCGCGCCUAUAAAAAAACAUCCUGACCGCGAGUCAAGUAGAAGUGACAACAAACGAGCUGAUAAGUCACCCCUCCGCUAAUUUGUGACGCUCCCACGGGGUCAAAGAUAUGGAGAGCGGGGAGAUUCGCGGCUCGGAAAAGAAGCGCAGAAGACGCGGCUUCAUUCUGGCUGUGGCCGCGGUGGCCCUUCUUGUGAUUAUCCUCGCUGUUGUGUUAGGAGUGACCCUAAGUCGGGGAAGAGAAGAGUUUAAAGACACGUUCAUGGAGAGAUGUCAGAAGUUCAAAGGGUAUAACUGCGAACACAUAUGGGAAUUAUUUCAGCAAGCCUACGUGAACCAAGAUCCUUGUGAAGUUCCCCCAAACGCCUAUGAUUCCCUCAUUGCUGCAGCUCCCUUGGAAUCUUCAUGCAACAGACUGUUGUUCUGGAGCAAAACAAAGGACGUGGUCCAAGACUUCUCUAGGAAGAAGGACUGUUUUCAGACUGUGGAGGAAACCCUGCUAGGAUCAGUCCUGAACAGCUUGACCUGGUGUGGAAAGAAGGGCAGCAAUGAAACGCUUACCACUGACUGCCCUGGAUGGCUAGACUGUGAGAACAACCCUCCUCGCUCUUUCUGGAGAAGAGUCUCGACUGCGUUUGGAGAUGCUGCCUGUGGAAACGUCACCGCGAUGCUAAACGGUUCCAUCACAACUCCAUUCGAUACACAAAGUAUUUUUGGCAGCGUUGAGGUGAAGAGGUUUAAGUCUCCCAGGGUGAAAAACAUGAAUGUUGUUCUGGUCAUCCAGAAGAACUCUGUAACAAAUUGCACAAAUCCAUCUUUGCAAAACUUGGUGAUGGCGUUGGACAAAGGGAUCAGUUACAGCUGCUUGGAAGUGCUCAGGUCUCAAAUCGAGAAGUGUGGCUCUGACCCGGAGAAACCUUGUGGUGCCUGUUGGUGACACUGAAAGAACCAACAGAUGGAACUAUUUUAAACCAAUCUUAAUCUUUUAAUAUUUGUCAGUCAGUACAACACGGAUUAUGUCUUUUUAUUGUCAAGGUUGUAAUUAGGGAAUUGUUAUUAUUAUUAUUAUUACUAUUAUUAUGAUUAUUAUUAGUAUUAUUAUUCUUAGUAUUAUUAUUAUUAUUAUUAUUAUUAUUAUUAUUAUUAUUAUUAUAUGUCCUGUAGUGUUAAAUAAAAAGGCUGCUAUAUGUGUUCAAGUAAGGAGCAGUUGGUAAAUGCAUCCAACUGCUAUAUUUCGGAAUAAAAGUGAUAUAUUGUAGAAUAAAGGUCAUACGUGUCAGUAAAAGUGAAAUGGGUUCAUUUUCUAGAGGCUUGUGUCAUGGCUCGUGACUUUUGAAAUGUCACUAGAUGUUUUUUUUUUGUUUGAUUAUGAUUAAGACGGUGAUAAGGAGGUCUGGUUCUGUUCUGGGGACGGAUGUGGGAUCUAGAAAUUCUUUAUAAAUUGAAGAACAUUCCGGACGACCCAUAGGAUCAACUUCAUGAAACUCCUAUGAAACAGCAUAUCUUCAGUCAAGAGACUUCAUCACAGCCGCUGUUAUACAGACUGCUACAGGAGAUCCUUCCUGCCCAGAGUCAUCUGCAUCUACAAAAACUCUUUGAAGAUACUUGGAUAAUAUGAAUUAAAUCAGAAAUUGAUUUCCCUUUGGGGUUUGGAGUAUUUCUGACUUGAAUUGUUUUUGUUGUUCUAUUUGUGAGAUUUGUUCUUUAUCCUUUCACAGCCACCAGGGGUCCUCGUUUCGCUUGUUUUUGGGUCUAGCUCAGGUCAUUGCCUAAAUGUGUUGGGUUUCCUUUUUUAAAGAUAGAUUUAGGACUUUAUUUUGGAUUAUUCUUUUUCCUAAGAAUGUAAUGUUUCAGGUGUUUAGUAUAUCUAAAUUGCUCUAACGUAUGAGUGUGCUAUUUUAGUCCUUUCUGGUGACCUUCAGGUGUAACCUGCCUCUUGUCUGAUGGAGAUAAACUCUGGCCACUGAACAACUAAAUAAGAUGCCACAUCAAAAUAAAGUUGUAAAAACUACAAAAAUUAAAUCAACAUUUAUAAAAGAUUAUGUCAAAACGCGAUCUGUUUUGUAAACUACGAAAAAAAACGUGCAAUCCUUGCAUUAUUAUCCUGUUGCAGAAUUUC